UUUUGUGCUUUGUUUGCUUUCGUGUGUGAUGGAGUUUGCUGCGUAGGAUGUGUGUGGGAAUUUAGCGAUUACUGCUUUAAUUAGGUUGCAAAACCGUUGAUAUCGCUGCAUUUACAUCAAGAGUGUACUAGGCAUUCAUUCAAAAUGAGUUUUGGCAUAUUUGUUUCGAGGUUGUGGGUUAUUUCGGGGCAUGAAGCAGCGUAGUGAAUUUGGCCAUUGUCGUCCCAGCCUUCAGACAAGACCACAAAUAUGUCGCGAAGGGCUGCAUUAUCAUUGCCAUCAGAUAGCUUUUCUCAGUGCCCAAAUGAUCCCUUGAGGGAGAUGUUUGAGGCAUGCCGGGUUGGAGAGGUCUCAAAGGUAAAAAAGCUGGUGACAAAUCAAACUGUCAAUGCGAGAGACAGCGCUGGACGGAAGUCAUCUCCACUUCACAUUGCUGCAGGUUACGGCCGCCGGGAGGUGGUGGAGCACCUACUGCAGCUGGGCGCCAGUGUGCACGCGCGCGACGACGGCGGCCUGAUCCCGCUGCACAACGCCGGCUCGUUCGGCCACGCCGAGGUGGUGGCGCUGCUGCUACGCGCCGGCGCCGACCCGAACGCGCGCGACAACUGGAACUACACGCCGCUACACGAGGCCGCCAUCAAGGGCAAGACGGACGUCUGCAUAGUGCUGUUGCAGCAUGGUGCUGAUCCCAACAUUCGUAACACGGACGGGAAGACGGCACUGGAGCUGUCUGACGUAUCCACACGAGCCGUGCUCACCGGUGAGUACAAGAAGGACGAGCUGCUGGAGGCGGCCCGAUCCGGGAACGAGGAGCGUCUGCUGUCGCUGUUGACGCCGCUCAACGUCAACUGCCACGCCUCGGACGGCAGGAAGUCGACGCCGCUGCACCUGGCGUCCGGCUACAACCGGACUCGCAUCGUCAACAUCCUGCUGCAGAACGGCGCCGACGUGCACGCCAAGGACAAGGGUGGCCUGGUGCCGCUGCACAACGCCUGCUCGUACGGCCACUACGAGGUGACGGAGCUGCUGGUGAAACACGGCGCGCACGUGAACGCCACCGACCUGUGGCAGUUCACGCCGCUGCACGAAGCCGCCAGUAAAAUGCGCCUGGAGGUGUGCUCACUACUGCUCUGCCACGGGGCUGACCCGACGCUGCUCAACUGCCACUCCAAGACGGCCAUGGACGCGGCGCCCACUCGCGAGCUGCAACAUCGGCUGGCCUACGAGUUCAAAGGCCACAGUCUGCUGGAGGCCAGCAGGCAGGCGGACCCGGCGCGCGUCAAGAAGUUCCUCUCGAGCGACUCGGUCAACUUUAAACACCCACACACGGGUGAUACGCCACUGCACGCGGCCGUCAGCUCACCGUUCGUGAAGCGGAAGGCGGUGGCCGACCUUCUGGUGCGGCGCGGCGCGGCCCUCAAUGAGAAGAACAAGGAGCUGCUGACGCCGCUACAUGUGGCCACCGACUGUAACCACGCCGAUGCCGUGGAACUGCUGCUCAAACACGGGGCCAAGGUCAACGCGCUGGAUAGCCACGGACAGACCGCGCUGCACCGGGCCGCACAGGACGGCUGCGUGGCCAUGUGUCGGCUGCUGCUGUCGUACGGCAUCGACGCCACCAUCGUGUCACUGCAGGGAUGUACGGCCGCCCAGGUCGCCACCGAGCCCGUCCAGAAGAUGCUGCUCGAUGAGCCCGGCGUGGCCAGCACCAGCCUCGAGUACCAGCUGCUCGAGUCGUCCAAGGCUGGAGAUCUGGAUGUGGUGCGACGUCUGGUUACGGCGCAUCCCCAUCUGGUCAACUGCCGGGAUCUGGACGGAAGCUCUGCCGGUGGCGCCGGUCUGACUUCACGUCCAUGUGGCAGGCACUCGACGCCGCUACACUUUGCCGCUGGCUACAACCGUGUGCCGGUGGUAGACUUUCUGCUCGAUCACGGCGCCGAUGUGCACGCCAAGGACAAGGGUGGCCUGGUGCCGCUGCACAACGCCUGCUCGUACGGCCACUACGAGGUGACGGAGCUGCUGGUUAAGCACGGCGCUAACGUCAACGUGGCCGACCUGUGGAAGUUCACACCGCUGCACGAGGCUGCCGCCAAGGGCAAAUACGAGAUCGUCAAGCUGCUGCUCAAGCACGGUGCCGACCCGAGCAAGAAGAACCGCGACUGCCACACGCCUCUGGACCUGGUGAAGGAGUCAGAUCAGGAGGUGGCGGACCUGCUCCUCGGUGACGCCGCUCUGCUGGACGCCGCCAAGAAGGGCAACCUGGCGCGGCUACAGCGACUGCUGACGGCAGAGAACAUCAACUGCCGCGACUCGCAGGGACGCAACAGCACGCCGCUCCACUUAGCGGCCGGCUACAACAAUGUGGAGGUGGCCGAGUACCUGUUGGAGAAUAACGCUGACGUGAACGCCCAGGACAAGGGCGGCCUGAUCCCGCUCCAUAACGCCUCCUCGUACGGUCACCUGGACAUCGCGGCUCUGCUCAUCAAGUACAACACUGUGGUGAACGCCAUGGACCGGUGGGGAUUCUCCCCGCUACACGAGGCCGCCCAGAAGGGUCGCACGCAGCUGUGCGCGCUGCUACUGGCGCACGGCGCGGACCCGUGCCUCACCAACCAAGAGGGCCAGACGCCGCUCGACCUGGCCACUGCCGAGGACGUCAAGUGUCUGCUGCAGGACGCCAUGCCGCACCUGGCCGGCGCCGCCAAUACGGUGGCUGUGCCGGCCGCCGCCAGCGCUGCCGCGGCCGCUGCUCCUGCCCCCGCCAGGAAGGCCGGCACGGCGUCCGGAGAGCUGGUGAUGAUGCCCUCGGGCAACUCUCUACUCAUCACCUGUCCGCUGGCGCCGCCUGCUGCGUUCAGCGGCGACGGCAGCGCGUGUGUGCCCGAUGUGCAGGUGGACGAGGAGCCCACAGACGCCAACGCGUCGAUCGCCGCCUUCCUCAGCGGUCUCGGCCUGGAGCACUUGCGUGACAUCUUCGAGCGGGAGCAGAUCACGAUGGACAUUCUCUCUGAGAUGGGGCACGAGGAGCUCAAACAGAUCGGCGUCAACGCCUACGGACACCGGCACAAACUCAUCAAAGCGGUGGGCUGGCACAGCAGUCAGUCGGCGGGCACCACGCUCGUCGAUCUGGCCGUCGAGGAUAAGGAGUACCAGGCGGUGGAGCACGAGAUGCAGUCGACCAUUAUGGAGCACAAGGACAGCGGCCAGGCCGGCGGAGUCUUCAGCCGGUACAGGGUCAUCAAGAUUCAGAAGGUGCAGAACCGCCGGCUGUGGGAGCGCUACGUCCACCGACGGAAGGAGGUGGCCGAGGAGAACGGCAACCAGGCCUGCGAGCGCAUCCUCUUCCACGGAUCGCCCUUCAUCAACGCCAUUGUGCACAAGGGCUUCGACGAGCGACACGCCUACAUCGGCGGCAUGUUCGGUGCCGGUAUCUAUUUCGCCGAGAACUCGUCGAAGAGUAACCAGUACGUGCACGGCAUUGGUGGCGGCACGGGCUGUCCGACCCACAAGGACCGCUCCUGCUACGUCUGCCACAGGCAGCUGCUCAUGUGCCGCACCACGCUCGGAAAGUCGUUCCUGCAGUUCUCCGCCAUGAAGAUGGCGCACGCGCCGCCCGGCCACCACAGUGUGGUGGGUCGGCCCAGCGCCGGCGGUCUCUCCUUCCCCGAAUACGUCGUCUAUAGGGGCGAGCAGGCGUACCCGGAGUACCUUAUCACGUACCAGAUCUGUCGGCCGGACGAAGCGCACGCCGUCGAGCCUCCGGCCGUCUGAGGCAGGCGCCCAGAUUAGGAGCCGGCACUGGGGGGCGACAGAAGGCACCGGCGGUCUCGAACGGGCUUCUGAAUCGUCUGACAGGUAUCAGUGCGAUGAGUGCGUCAGGGCAUCUCUGGUUUGGGCCUGGGAUCACCUCCCUGGGUGGCUCCCGACUGGCAGUCGGUCUCGGUGUCCCGCUGACGGCAGUCAGGACGGCCCGAGUGGCUCUGCGCUGGGGUCUCGUAAGGACCGAGUUCUCCGCGCCCGACACAGGUGCCGGUCUGGGCGUCUGGCGGCGAGACCGCGAGGGCAGGCGUUGAAUCGACUAGCGUCCCGGGUGGUACGUGUACCGGUACAUGAUCUCUUUAGUCGGUGGCCUGUCAAAUUCCUGUCUUGCACCGCGUGUCGCCCGUUUUUUCUACACUACUCCCGAGUCGGAUCUUCUGCGCGCGAUCGCCGAGAGGGCCCUGCGACUGCGGCGGGCGGCGGCGGCUCGCCACACUGCCACUUGUGCCGUGUCCGUUCCGUGUCCGUGCGGCGUCCGUUCCGUGUCCGUGCUGCUCUGGUCGUGACGGGCCGUGUCACAGGUGAUGGUAACUCUCACGUCACGCGCGCGUACACCGGUCCACUCAAAGGGCACUGCCGCGGAGGGCCCGUCGCGGCGGGCACGGGACGGCGCGCUGCGUGAGACUCAGCUCGUGGCGGAGCGGUCAGGCCGGCUGUCGCUCGGACUAAGGGCUGGCGCCUGGAAAAUCGGCGGAGGCAUCGACGUCUAUCGGUGUAUGUGUGUGCGCGUGCGGCAGUGAGUCGGCCGUUUGGAAGAUAUGUAUACACUAGUGGAUAGGAACAUCUACAUCUGUGAUAAGAAUGGCGUCGCGCGUGCCGACGCGGUCGGUGGAGCGCGGCGUAUGGAAGAGGUCGGCGGAGGGUGGUCACCGGCGCGACCCCGGCACCACUCCCCCGCGCCGUCCGCUGCGAUGUUUUAUGGAGAGAAAUAUAUCUGGAGAGUGAA